CCGAUGGCGGCCGCCGCGGCUCCCGCCGCCUCCUCUAACCCCACCGUCUUCCUCCUCAUGGUCAACGGGCAGGUCGAGAGCGCGCAGUUCCCAGAGUUUGAUGACCUCUACUGCAAGUACUGCUUCGUGUAUGGUUACGACUGGGCUCCUACUUCGGGUUUGGAGGAAGGAAUCUCGCAGAUCACUUCCAAGAACCGACACGGCCAGCAAGACCUGGUGUGGAAUUUUCCCAUUGACAUCACCUUCAAAAGCACCAACCCAUUCGGCUGGCCACAGAUCGUCAUAAGCGUCUACGGGCCUGAUCUGUUUGGGAAUGACGUGGUUCGAGGUUACGGAGCUGUUCAUAUUCCUUUUACACCAGGGAGGCAUAAAAGGACCAUCCCAAUGUUCGUUCCCGAAUCUACAUCCAAGCUGCAAAAGUUUACAAGCUGGCUCACAGGGAGGCGUCCAGAAUUCACCGAUCCCAAGGUGGUAGCGCAGGGAGAAGGCCGCGAAGUCACCAGGGUGCGUUCGCAAGGCUUUGUCACCCUCUCCUUCAACGUGGUAACCAAGGACAUGAAGAAGCUGGGCUACGACACAAGCACCGUGAACACGCCGAGCUCCUCGCUAACGUCUGUGACAGAUGGGAUCCAUAAAUAUUAAGCCUGGGCUUCAUCAGAAUCCCGUACGAUGGCUCUAUACCGACCCUGCAAGGUAUUUUGACUGGGAUUGCUCCAAGCACUAACUCGGACUGGCUCUGAUCAUUACAGGACUGGAGUAGUGCGGUUAGGACUGAUUCAAAACAUUCUGUCAACAAACUGAUGGAGCACAUCAGCAUUGUCUGAGAGGCAUUCUACACAAAGGCAGCAGAAUCCGGGGCUUACCCAACGCAGGGCACAGGCGAUUGGUGGGGGGAAGGGUGGGCUUAUUUUUGACUGCUCCAAUAAAUUGAAAGGGUUCCCCGCAUGCGGAAAAUGAGCACUGCAGGGAACAAGGUCUGCACAGCCCUCUAUGUGAUGUAGAGGGGUUGUUGGGGCGGGGUUUAAACAGAGCAACAUUUGAAAAGAUUAGGCCGUCUCCUACCACCUCCAUCUAUAUAGUUCAUAGAAUGGAUUCUGUUUCCGCAGGGCGCUUCUCAGUUAUCCUUUGCUUAUAAAUCAUAACAGAAGAAGGGCUUACAACAUUUGCCUCUGGGCCUCCCUCUGCUAGGGCAAGCAUUGCAAGGGCCCGUGUCUCUGGGUUGCAAGGCACAACUGUUUUCUUUGGGGGCGGGGAAGCAUGCCUGUGUGUCCCAGAACAUGUUGUAGCAGACGCAGCGCAGCCCUGGGCAUCAAGGCUGUCGUUUUCACGAGUUUUAUCUGAUCUGCCUUUACCAUGUGCUCACAUAUAUACCCAUCCUUAAAUAUGCAACUCGUCUUAAACACUUUUAUAAUGACACCACAUCGGCACCAUUCAGAGGAGGGAGAGGGGAAGGGGAAGAGUCUUUCUUCGUGCACCCGCCCUGGAAGCUUGUUUGAGCAGUAUUGCCGGGGCUCACUGAAAACCAGCACGGUGCUGUUGUCCCAUUAAGUAUUGAUUUGAGCAGUGAGCGUGUGCAUGAGUGGCAGAAAAGAGGGGAGGAAAAGCAGAAGUCUAUGUGGAAGAAAAGAAGAGUUCCCCAACCAGGCACCUUCCAGAUGUGUUGAGCUGGGAUUGAUGAGGGCCAGCACAGCUGGAGGGCACCAGGUUGGAGACGGCCGGUGUACCUAUUAUUUGGAACUAGCUCCUUGCAGAAUGGCAAGUGGCGUUUAAAACAAACACUCCCUUAAUAAAGCCCACACUCUUGGCUUUUGAAAAGCUACAGCUUCGGUAAACAUUUCCUAUCCCAAACUGGUGCUUUGUAAACUCCUGCUGAAUCAUUGCAGAGGAGUACUUUUUGUGUGUUGACUGUUUUAUACACUUUCUUAAAUAAAGGAUUUCCCCACCUA